ACUAAAAACAAAAUUUUUAAGUGCAGGGAAAAAUUGUUCAGAAGGUCAUGGUCAAAGUAUUGUUAUUAUUUUGUAUUAUUUACAUAUCUAUCAUAAUUCAUAAGUCAUAAUAAAUAUGUAUUAUGGAAUAUGCCAUUGAGUAAGCAUGGCUGUCAUAAUUACGUUUAUGCUCAUUUUUAAAAGCACAAAGUUAAUAAAUAACACAAUUUAUUGACUAAUAUCAUUUUUAAAUCAUUAAAAGUAAUAUCAGUAUUGAGUAUAUAAGUAAAUAAAUAAAUACUACUCUGUAAAUAACUUCCAAAAAUUGUUUUCUAAUUUAUAAUAAUAAAUUUAUAAUAUAACUUUUAUUAAAUUAUUAUUAGUUAAGAAUUUAAAAAUUAAAAAUAAAUGAGUAAUUCAAAAAGUAAAUAAAAAUGCCUAUGAACACGCACACGCGCAGCAACUGAGGGAUUCAUUCAUUAUUACUCAUGGUCAAAACUUGUCAAAACUCAUCAAAUUAUCAUGUGAUCUGAUAAACAAGCUAAAUAUCAACAUAACAAUAAUAUAAUAACAACAACAAUGACAAUGUGUCCAAAAAAUUCAUACUAAAAGAAUCACAUUUGAUUUCUAGUUUCAUAAUCAAAGUAGUCAUAAAAAACUAACAAAUGUUUGGUAGAAAAAAUUUUUGUAAACAUUAUUUAUUUCAAGCAUUUGUUGCUUCAAUUUUUUUACUAUUUUUUUGUGAAUAUGUUGUCUACUACAUUGCACUUGCUCAGUGUGGAUGGCCAGCUUUAGAUCCAGACAAAACAGAUCCAAAUAUUGCUCCUCCAGAAUCUGAUGAACAACCUGUAAAAGCAUUGUUUCUUGCUGAUACCCAUUUAUUGGGUCCUAGAAAAGGACACUGGUUUGAUAAACUCAGAAGAGAAUGGCAAAUGUACAGAUCAUUUCAAACUGCAAUAACUCUUCAUCAGCCAGAUGUAAUAUUUAUUCUUGGUGAUGUAUUUGAUGAGGGUUCGUGGGUCAAUGCUGCUGAAUACAAUGAAUACGUUCGAAGAUUCAAUUCAAUAUUUAAAGUACCACAUAAAAAAAAAAUUUAUGUUGUUGCUGGUAAUCAUGAUAUGGGAUUUCAUUAUGUUAUAACACCAUAUUUGAAUAAAAGAUUUAUGGAAUCAAUGAAAGCACAAAACGGUAAAAGACUUACAAUACGAGGUAAUCAUUUUGUUUUGGUAAAUAGUAUGGCACUUGAGGGUGAUGGAUGUUUUCUUUGUAAACCAACUGAAAUUGCAAUUAAUAAAAUUUCAAAACAAUUAAAAUGUUCAAAAGGCAUUGGAAAUGAUUGCUCAAAUAAUAAUAUAAUAAAACGUUAUAGUCGUCCAAUAUUACUUCAACAUUAUCCAAUGUAUCGUGAAUCUGAUGCACUAUGUUCUGAGUCAGACCAAGCACCUGAUAAUAUAAAAGAUAUUAAAUUUCGUGAACGAUGGGAAUGUCUAUCGAGAGAAGCAACUGAGCAACUUUUAGACAUUUUAAAUCCUAGACUUAUUAUUGAUGGUCAUACACACUAUGGAUGUCGAACGAUGCAUGGACAAGAUAUUCUUGAAGUUACAAUUCCAUCAUUCAGCUGGAGAAAUAUCAAUAAUCCAUCUUAUUUAAUGGGUAUAUUUACUCCAAAUAAUUAUGCAUUAUCAAAGUGUUACAUGCCACUUGAAACAACAGUCAUUAAAAUUUAUAUAUUUGGAGGUAUUUUUAUAUUAUUUUAUGUUGUUUUAAAAAUUAAACAACGUAUCAAUCAUUAUCAUUUGCUAAAACUUCAGUGAUACAGGGUUAAAUAAAAUAUUUAAUAAUAAAUAAAAUAGUUUUUUUUUAUGUUUUUAUAUGAAUUUUUACAAUUAAUUUUAUUUAUUUUUAUUUUAGUAACAAUUUUAUUAUUCAUAUCCAUUUGGUAAUUAUUUAUGAUAAUUUAAUUAUCAAAUUUUAUAUUAUAAUUAUUGAAUACAACAGCAAUGAUAUUCAAUUGGAAUCUUGAUGUUUUUUCAUCACUUCAUGUACCAUAAUAAUAAUAAUAAUAAUAAUAAUAAUUAAAAGCUGUACAUAAAAUAAAUAUUUACAGUAGUUCUAGCGUUAGUAACAAAUAAAGAGAUUUUUAUGUAGCUAAGAAAAAACAUUGAUUUUAUUAAAAUAUGAUUUUUAAGAUUUAUUGUUUAAAUUAAUAUGAUUAUUGAACACAA